UCGCGAACAGGGUACAUUAAAGUGUUACUGUCGGGACAAUCUAAAUUUAGAUUAUCCAGGCAUUCUAGCUGCUCGGCCGUAGAGCACGAAUUCCCACCCCGAUUGAGACAUUUCGAGUUCCUGCAGAGAUAACCGGAUGAACAUGGGACGCUGUAAAACAUGGCUGCUGCUUCUGGUUGGAACAGUGUUGCUGCUUCCACUAACGACGUGUAAAAAACCCAACAUUUUGUUGCUGAUAGCAGACGACCUAGGUAUUGGGGACAUCGGCUGCUUUGGCAACACGACCCUAAGGACCCCCAACAUUGACAGCAUAGCGCGCGAUGGGGCGCUGUUGUCGCAACACUUGAGUGCGGCGAGUCUCUGCUCUCCGAGUCGCGCGGCGCUACUUACCGGGCGGUACCCGGCCAGAUCAGGCAUGGCUCCGAACACUGUUAUCCGAGUGAGCCUCUUCAACGCAUGUCCAUAUGGCCUCCCAACUUCAGAAAUAACCUUUGCCAAGUUAGCCAAACAGGCGGGCUAUAAAACAGGACUCAUUGGGAAAUGGCACCAAGGCUGGAGCAGGGACAGCUUCAACGACUUUCACCAUCACCCGCGUAACCACGGCUUCGACUAUUUCUACGGGAUUCCACUGACGAAUCUUAAAGACUUUGGCGACGAUGGCGACAGAGUGCUGUUCAGUUUCCUGUCCCAUGCGCUUAAACGCUUUAUCACGGUGGUACUGGUGCUAGGCAUUAGCACCAUAUGCCUGUACCGAGUCGGCUAUAUCGGAAUUAUGCCAUGUUCAGUAAUCAUCUUCCUCCUCGUCCUCAUCACGGGGUCUGUCUACCUUAUCAUGGAUAAUUUAAAACUUCUUAACAGUACGAUCUAUCGAAAUUUUGACCUGGUUGAACAGCCGAUUGACCUUGAGACCCAGAUGGCCAAAGAAGUCGCGGAAGGUCAAGAAUUCCUGCAGGCGAGACGAAAUGACGGUGAGCCAUUUCUGUUAGUUAUGUCGUGGGUGCACGUGCACGUCUUUCUCGCACCUGCGCAGAAGUUCCUUGGUAAAAGUAAGCACGGGAAGUAUGGGGAUUCCGUUGAAGAAAUGGACUGGGCUGUUGGCGAGAUGCUAAACUCGCUCCAGCAGUUGGGCUUUGCUGACAACACCCUGGUGUACUUCACGUCCGAUCACGGCGGCCAUCUUGAAGAGAGGAACGUUCGAGGAGAGUUGGAGGGUGGAUAUAAUGGCAUAUACAAAGGGGGCAAAGGUCACGGUGCAGUGGAUGGCGGUAUUCGAGUACCGACAGUUAUAAAAUGGCCAGGUCGGAUCCGAGCAGGAUCCACCUCAAGCGAACCAACUUCUCAGAUGGACGUACUCCCAACUCUCGCCAACGCCAUGGGCGUCCCAGUCCCCUCCGACAGACGGAUCGAUGGCCACGACAUGCUGCCCCUCCUCACUGGUCAGACCAGCGUCUCCUCACACGAGUUUAUGUUCCAUUACUGCGGCUCUGAUGUUCAUGCUGUCAGAUACAGACCAAGGGGAGGUUCAAUCGUCUGGAAGUUGACUCUGAAAGAACCGAACUAUCUUCCCGGCCGUCAGGUGUGUGAGUUCGUGUGUAACUGCGCAGCCGCCAUCACUAUUGAUCCUCCUCAUUUGUAUGACAUGACGUCAGAUCCGGGCGAGAAACAACCAAUGAAUGCCACGGACCACCCGCAAGUUUACAAGAAGAUGAUACAUGCUCUCGAGGAGCACGUGCAGAACGUGAAGCCCGUGCCCAACCAGUACACCUUCAGGAACGUGAUGUGGAGACCCUGGCUGCAGAUGUGCUGCAACAACAACUACCCUUCCUGUACAUGUCAGGAUGACAAGUUCAAUGGCAAAUUCUAAACCUGCCUAAACAAGAUACAAACCAUUCCUAAAAUUCUUGUAUGCAAUUUUCCCGUCGUCACUUGUAAAGAUAGAAUAUAUCACUGCUCCAAGACAUAUAUAUUUAUUCAGAAGAAGAACCAAACAAUAUGCACAUUUUUCUCAUUUAUUCAGGUCAUACAGCAUGUCGCACGAACAAUUUUGUGUGUGGAUGUAAAAUUACCGCCGCUCCGUGGUCCUUAGCAUUCACCUUGAAUAUCGACGGCUUCAUUUACCCAGAAAUUGUUUAACAAGAAUAUGAAACAUAUUCCACUGACCAAAGUCAUUUGUUAAGACAAAAAGACACACGUACUUGUCACUCAAGGAUUAUAUUUCUAUACACUACCAAAUAGCAUAAUGUAUAUAUUUGUAUGUUUCAUAGAGUUCUGUUUACAACUACUUUGAUAUAUAUUUGUUCUUAUCUACAUAUUUGAAUAUGUGAUAGCAAAGCGAUCUCAAGACGAUGAUUCGUAUUUAUUGUGAGGUUAUCAGGGUUUUUAGUUCCUAGUUAGAGCCCAUGCUAGUCGACUGGACUCUUGACAAUACGUGAUCCGGCUUAUUGUGGGUCGUACGCAGCCAAGGGUGAUAGUUGAUCAUGCUAUCUGAUAGUACGGUUCACAUUCGUUAUUAUUUAUUCUAUUAUAAAAAUGGUUUGUGCUGUUUCUAUAAUAACUAAUCCUGUCACUUAGGUGGAGCAACUUGUUACACUAUCCUCUUGUUAAUAGCGAUGUAACAUCUGUCUGUGGUAUUAAACAACAUUCACACAACCGAGCUGUUCGGUGAAAGUCUGGUCAUGUAUAUACA